AUGUUGUUGAAUUUGUUUAUCUCAGGUGAAAAGAACAUGAUUUCUGAGAACCUGCCAAUAAGGAUUUUGUUCUUUUCUCAGACAGCUGUGGGGAUCCUCGGCAACUGGUCACUUCUUCUUCGUUAUGUCAUGUCCAUAUUCACUAGACAAAGUUUGAUGCCCAAAGACCAGAUCUUAAAGUAUCUGACUUUAGCCAAUUCCUUGGUUAUCAUCUCAAGAGUAAUUCCUCACAUAAUGGUACAGCUGGGAUUGCGACAUCUCCUGGAUGACCUUUUAUGUAAACUCAGUCUCUAUAGUAACCGAGUGUCCAGGGGUGUUUCCUUGCACUGUACCUGCCUCUUGAGUUGUCUACAAGCAAUCACAAUCAGCCUCAGCAACUCCAGGUGGAUCCAGCUUACACACUCCUUCUCCAAGUACAUGGUUCAGUUCUGCUCUCUCAGUUGGUUUGCGCACCUGCUUCUAAACAUCAGGACAGCUAUGGAUGUGGUUGGACCCGGUGAUAACAAGAAUUUCACUGGGAAAAUCAAGCUGGGGUACUGCUCAGCAUUCACUUUUUUUAGUGCGACAGCUGCGCUACAUCUGUACUUGCUGUGUUUCACUGAUUGUCUGUGUUUGAGUCUCAUGGUCUGGGCCAGUGUCUCCAUGGUGAGCUUUCUCAACAGACAUAAGAGUCAGCUACAGUAUUUACACAGUGCCCAGCACUGCCUCAGAGGCUCCCCUGAAAACAGAGCCACAAAAACCAUCUUGAUCCUUGUGUGCACCUUUGUCCUCUCCUACUCAAUGUCCUUCGUGCUAGCUAUCUACACUGUGGUAAUUGGCAAUCCAAGGCUGUGGGUAAUAAAUAUAUUUACAUUCUUAGACACGUGCUUUCCCACACUUUGCCCCUUCAUUCUUAUCUGUAACACCAAAUCUGCUGCCAAUAAUUAUUUUCCCUGCUGUAGCAGAAGGUAG